AUGAAGCAGAACUUCUGCAGGAUGCAGGAGAUAUGGCUCAGGCAGCCAGCAAGCAAAACAGUCUCUCAGGGCUGGCUGUGGUCUGGGCAGAGCUCAGGGUGCCAGCAAGCAAAACAGUCUACAGGCAGUGAUGAAAAUCCAGAAGGAAAAACCCGCCAAUUCAUCAGCCACAUAAAAUGCAGGGAGUCUCUGAGGCGGGAGCGUAACAAAGACUACUUGAUCUGGGGACUCAGCACCGACUUGUGGCCCAGGAAAGCUGAGCUAUCCUACAUCAUUGGCAAGGACACCUGGAUCGAGAAGUGGCCCAACGAGGACGAAUGCCGGAAGCCAGAUUUCCUUGAGUUCUCUGAAGCCAUGGCCAUGUUUGGCUGCCCAACCUAAACUUGGACCCAGCUUUCCCAGCAGCCCCAAUGGUACAGUUUGAGCUGAGAUGGAGCAUAACCCUCAGGUGGAGACAUCUCCACUCAGAGUCCCAGUGCUACUGACACUCACCACUAGCCCUGUCCUCUUUGGGGGUUUCACUCUUUUCUUCUUAUUG